AUGUCGACGUCGAACCCAUCUUCUUCGUGGAUCGCCCAAUUCAAACCGGGCGAGCGGGUCGAGGUCAGCUCAAACGACCCCGGGUUCCGCGGCUCCUGGUUCGCCGGCACCGUCAUCCGCCGCGAGGAGAAUAACCCUAAUCGCUACGUAGUCGAGUACGACCAGCUCUACGAGGACGAAUCUGGGGAGAAGCUGCUGCAAGAAACCCUCGAUUGGAUCCAAUUGCGUCCGCCGCCGCCGCCUCCCGAGAAGAAGAAGGUCCAGUUCAAGUUCGGCGACGAAGUGGAGGCCUUCCACAGCAACGGAUGGUGGGAAGGGGCUAUUAUUGCGGAGCACUCCGGCGGGAAAUUCGCGGUGUUCCUCAGAGGCUCAAAGGAGCAGAUUGUGUUUGAAGAGAAAGAUUUGAGGUAUGACAAUUUUAGGGAAUUCUGA